AUGUGCAGCUUCGGGUCACGCUCAACAGCUCUUCGGGAUGUGCAUUGGGGUGUUCCGCGACCCUCCUUGGGAAAAAAAUUAACACUGACACAAGUCCUCGCCCGCCCACUUUGCGACUACUGUUGUUUCCCUCUUCCUCACUUUGCUUCCUCUCUCCUCCCUCUUUCCUUACCUCUCUCUCUCUCUCUCUCAAGUCUCACUCACCUCACUAUACAUACACACGCCCAUAUAUAUCUACAUACUACAGUGCUGUAUCUUGCCCUACAGCACUCUCUCCCUCACAGUCCAAUCCUUGUUUGCAGGUGCUCUCCUCCCGGCACCCGUAACAUAUACCUUUGGACGCAAUUAGUAUCGGAAGAUUGCUUUUGA